GAUUAAACAAAAUGUGAAAAAAAAUUAAUUUUAAGAAAAUGUGUUGAAAAGCAAUUAAUUAUUAACUGUUAAUUAUUGAUAAGAUUAAUUUUCUUAUCAAUUUGAAAUAUAAAAGUAAUCAAAAUAUAAAUGAACAAAUCAGCAAUGAAAUACCACGGAAAUUGAUGAUAGAAAAAAAAAAUAUAAAAUAUUUUUCGUUCUUUUUUUAUUUUUCUUAAUAAUUAUUUAAAUUUAUAUUAAAUACUGAAUACUUAUUGAAAUUGUUAUAAUGAAAGAAAGUAAUAAUACCUUAGAAGAUAUACAAAAAGCAUUUGUAGCUUUAACUGAGAGCUUUUUGGAACAAGGUGCAUCAUUAGCAGAACUUAAAUCUGCAAGUGUAAAAAAUAAUGCAAAAUAUAAAAAAAAGUAUAUCUCAGAUUAUGUUUGUUUUAAAAAAAUUUUUUUUACAUUUCUUAUACCAAUAUUUUUAAGCAUAGUUUUUAAAUAUUUAUAUUUUGAUAUAAUCAAAAAUAUUCGAGGAACUAGAUGUUUAAUACCAAAUAAUUAUUUGAUAUGGGAAUUUACAAGACCAAUAUCAAAUUGUGAUUAUUGUCGGGAUGUUACUUCAGCAUUGAUCUUAUCAAAUUUAACAAGAGAAGAAUUCAAACAAUAUGCUUAUUCUUCUAUACCUAUGAUAAUAAAACAUGCUGCAAGUAAUUGGCCAGCUUCAAAAGUAUUUAGCUGGAAAUUUUUUAAAGAUUUAUAUGAAAAUAUUGAUGGUGCUUAUGAUUCAGUAGAUGAAUGUCAAUUCUUACAUUUUAAAAGUAAUUUCACUAAUUUACGUGAUGUUUUUGCCAUGAAUGAAAAAAGAGCUAUGCAACUUAAUGGUGAAGAUCCUUGGUAUGUUGGUUGGAAAAAUUGUCACCUUCAGAUUUUAGAUAUUAUGAAACAAUAUUACAAUCUUCCUCAUUUUUUACCAGAGGAUGCAGAGGUUCCUUAUUCCAAUUAUGUUUUUUUAGGAUAUGAAGAAGGUGCCAUAAUGCAUCUAGAUUAUAUAUCGCGUUUAAUGUGGCAAGGGCAAAUUAUAGGUAAUAAAACAUGGAGUGUUGCUCCAACUCCAGAAUGUGAUAAUGUUUGUACUCGUUUUAAUUUUACUGUUUAUGCUGGAGAUAUUGUCUUGUUAGAUACGAGAAUUUGGUAUCAUAGCACUUAUGUUAUAGGAAAAAACUUUAGCUUGACAGUCACUUCUGAAUAUGGAUAAAUCUUUAUGUAUUACAAAAUGUAUUAAACUAUAUAAAUAAUCUUCUAUGUAGCUAAAAGUUCUUACAUUGUAAAAUUGAAAAAUUUAAAAUGUGUCUUAUUAAAUUAUUCAAUUAUAUAUUAAUAUUUAACUGAAUAUUUGUAAAGUUUUUAUAUAUACAAAAACUUUAAUAUUAUGAGACAUUUAAA